AUGGCGACUCCAGGUGCGGCUGGAGGAGGUCUCUCCACCAGUGGUGGGAGCAGGGCCAUGAGAAAGAAGCCACUGCCGAGCACAGAAGAGAUAGGCGACAAGAUCGAGAAUGAGGAAGGUCCCAGUCAUAUGAAGAUUGAGACUACCCCAGCUAUGCCAAAGUCGUCGGCAAAGAAGCGUGCGAUCAAGAAGAAGGCGCCUCUGGAUGAGACUGAGGAGUCUUCCGAGGACGAAUUUGAGCCAGACGACACUUCCCCAACACCCAGCAAGCGCCGCCGUACUGGUCGCCGUCGACCUGAACUCACGUUUGCCGAGAGUGCUCUUGCUACCGCUCUCCGAACACCACCAGCUACACGUGCAACUAGAAAGUCACUCCCAGCUCCUACACACCGAGCUCCAUCAUCCCCAGCCUCUGACCCUGGUAACGCAGGAACCUCGGUUGGUUAUGGGCCAAGCGGAUUCUUAAGCAGCGACUUCAUGGGUGGCAAGGAUCUCUACAAUGCUGGCAUCAAGCCAUACAAGGAUCAGCCAUUGUUAGCUCGCCGGGAGCCUGUCAAUUCCAACCCGGCUAACAGGAUUCCUGAUAUCAUCAAGCGGGGUGGGAAGCCAAGGCCGAGUAACCAGACGUACCACAACAUCCAGAAAAGCCUCAGAGCGAAACUACAGCAGAAUCAAGUACACGAGACAGACCAAGAUGAAGCUGUAGCUCACACGGCUGAGCAAAGCAAGGCUGAACAGAAUGCAGACCCGCAGACUGUUGCAGCCUUUGUGGAGAAGGAGGCAGCUAGGUACCAGAACGAGACCAUGGACGAAGAUGAGAACGAGGCCAUCCUUAGCGCGAUGAAGAGUGCGGCGCUGGUGUGGGGCAAACAAACGUACAAGAAGCUAGACUCGGAGACGCAGCUCACAGUGCAACCGGGCCUGAAGCUACGUCUUGACCUCAUCAAUAAGACGUUCCGGGAAGAGCUGGCGAAGUUGAUGGGCGAGCAUGCUGACCGUAUCCUAUCGGAAUUGGGCGUCAGUGUCGAGAAGCCUGUGGAGGCUCCACCAGGUCAGCUGUUCAAGCCUGCCUAG